GGAAGUGGCGCUUGUGAAGUGGCCAAGUGUCUAGUGAAGUGUCGGUGAGGUGAAGUGGCCAACUGUGACUGAAGUGACACCGUCAUCACCACUGGCUACGUAUAGAUAGACCGGCCGUGGCGAGUUGUCGGGCAUGGGUGAUGGGGGAGAUGGCAGUAGUGGGAGGGUGCGAUCGUGAGCAUGGUGCGGGGAGCAUGGGGGUGGCCCCCGGCCCGAGCCUAGGCCUCCGAAACCCAGCCCCGACAUGGUGCUCCCCAAAGAAUGAAGAAGCAAAACGUCCGGACCUUGUCCUUGAUAGUUUGCACAUUCACGUACCUUCUUGUUGGAGCUGCUGUUUUUGACGCGUUGGAGUCUGAGACUGAGAAACGCCGGUGGGAAGCACUUGAAGCAAUCGAAAAGAUGAUUAUCAAGAAAUAUAACAUAUCGCCAGACGACUUCCGAGUGAUGGAGACUGUGGUACUGAAGGCUGAACCACACAAGGCGGGACAACAGUGGAAGUUCGCUGGUGCCUUCUACUACGCAACUACCGUGCUUACUACAAUAGGAUACGGACACUCGACGCCCAACACGGUGGGAGGCAAGCUGUUCACCAUGUGCUACGCCAUCGUCGGCAUCCCCCUGGGCCUGGUCAUGUUCCAGAGCAUCGGAGAACGGCUCAACAAGUUCUCGUCCGUGGUGAUCCGCAACGUCAAGAAGCUUCUACGCUGCAAGAACGUGGAAGCGUCCGAGUUGAACCUCAUCUGUGUGGUUAUGACACUAAGUAGCCUGACGAUAGCCGGGGGUGCGGCAGCCUUCAGUCGGUACGAAGGGUGGACUUACUUUGACUCUGUGUACUAUUGCUUCAUCACCCUGACUACCAUCGGGUUCGGCGACAUGGUCGCGUUACAAAAAGACAAUGCACUGGACAAAAAGCCAGAAUAUGUGGCCUUUGCGCUAAUUUUUAUUCUUUUUGGGUUGGCCAUCGUGGCCGCUUCGCUCAAUUUGCUCGUGUUGCGGUUUGUGACGAUGAACACUGAAGACGAACGCCGGGACGAGGCUGAGGCCCUGCAGGCGGCCCAGGGGGCAGUGCGCCUGGAGGGGGACGUGAUCACUGCCAACGGGUCCAUUCUCAGCGGGCAGAUAGGAGAGUCGAGCUCCCUGGACGAGACAGCGUCCGUGUGCAGUUGCAGCUGCGGGUGGCAGGGUCGUCAACACCACUACUCGGUGCGACGGUCGUCGACGCGGCACCAACAAGAGCUGCGACACCAACAGCCGCUGCUGCCACUGGCACCGCUGCGACCCCUCCCCCCCGCCAGCAGACUACACCGUGCCUCCAUCUGACUGGCCAUACACUCUCGUCGACUCAGUAAUUUAGGUUAGGUCGGAUGAACUUUUUAAAAUAAUAAUAAUAAUUAACUAAUAAUAUUUUUGACGCUUUAUACUAUUCUAAUAAGUUGGUGGCGGUUUGGUGUCGAGUGCCGGGGUGGUGUGUGUUAUGGUGUUGGCCGGUCGCGAUCCGUCCACGCAAACAUGGACCAAUUAAAAGACAAUAGUUUUAAUUAACAAGGUUGUGAGUUAGCUGUGUCGAUUAGUUUCGUUAAGAAACAUCAUUUUUUGUUCAUCUCGUGUUUAAAGUUUGGUUUUCAAUUUUAGUGGCAAAGGGAUAAAAAGGUAAUGUAGGAUGUGAGAUUUUCAUUUUAACUAGAAGAUUUACAAUUUUAUUUCUAACAAUCUGUUCUUAUACUAAAUCAUAGAAACAGCAAUACAAAUGAAUUGUAAGGAUGAAUAUUAAUCAAAAACGUUUCCAUAUACAAUUUGUUUUCAUGACCUUUGGACAUUUAUUUAAUAAACCAAUAUAAUUGAUUAGUAAACAAAUUUAACCUUACCACAAUCAAACAGCUAUUGGCAACCUGUAAAAAAAACAAGUGUGAAAGAAAGAGGUGUUAAGAAUUAAUAGUUUAACCUAACAUUCACUUAGCUAAACAUUAAACCAUAAUUUUUAAAAUAACAAUUAGGAAGUUUUUAAUAAAUCAAUGUGAAUCCUGAUGUAAUUUUACUACAUAAGGGACAAAAUAUUGCUUGUGUUAUGUGCUGGUGACUUGCAGGCAGAGGCCGCACCAUAGCAUGCACUGGAACCACCUGCACAAUUGCGUAACUUUGAUCUUAUUCAGUUUACAAUUCUAGGCAAUACGAUAGGCCUUAAUGCUUAGUGUGUAUAAUUUGAUUGUGUAUUGAUAUUUUUUUAAUUUUGAUCGCAAACUUAUAUCGAACUAUGUGCAACAUUCCGUUUUUACUAUUGUUCAUAACGAAUAAAUAAACUUAAAUAAAACCGUGUAAAUACAAUGUACAAAUUGAAAAUAUUACCAAAAUGUGAAUUCUAUUUUGUUAACGUAUGAAAUGUUUGUUGUUAAGAUUUUUAUGUGAGCGAGUGUUUACGUUUGAUUCCGUUUCGACCUUAUCUCCUCUGCGACCCACUCAGACUUUCUAAACAAAUCUAUCGGUGGACCACACAUAAGUCGAUUUUUCUACGUGAAUUGUGCAAAUAAUUUAGGUCGUACCGCUUUAGAUGUAAUUACGUGUCGGUUAGAGUGGUGUUCCUAAAUUAACUUGGUUGUAAAAUGGUUGCCUUUCGCAUGCAUAUGUUACUCUGUGGACUGAUAACAGCUUUUCUUCAUGUAUUUUUCAAGUUAUGUGACAACCGCAUACGUAUUCAUCCUCCAUCGAAACACAACUUGAGUUUCUGUAGAUGAAAUGCCACGAGACUUCCACAGUGAACUUCCAUUCGUUUUUCAAGUUAUCACUAGUAUUUAACUGAUAUGAGAAAAACAAGCCAAAUUUAAUGUUCUUCCUUUAUAAAAGCGCUAUAAUCAUGUAUGGUAUGGACUUUGAUACUAGCAUUUUUGAAUUGUUAGAAAGAUGUGCAGUGUAUAAUUCCUCAACAUUACACAUAUUUUGAUUUUCACACAUAUCAAGUGUGUAUUGCACGAUUGCUCUGACUGCUUGGCAAGAUAAACAAUAGAGAAGAGUUGUACUUGAAAAACAUUUUCAAAUACUCAUAAUUUUAAAUUUUUUAUUUCUUUAGAAGUACGCAAAUCCAACCGAAUAAUUUAUCGUGAUAAGGUUGAGGAACUAUAAUGUAUUGGAUUUUAUUAAAGAGUCUAAUUCAAGUUCUAUAGUUCGGCCGCUUAGAAAGCGACCUCCUCCAGCAUUGGUUUAGCAUUUAGCGCGCAGGUCAUUUUCUAAGCGGCCGAACUAUAGCUGCUUUUCAAAAUUGUAUCAGUCAUAUUGUAGGCAGAUUUACACUAUUUGUUUCUAGAUUUGUUUUUACUUUAACUUUAUCACAGAUUUUAUUGCAAUGUUGAGUUAUGUAUCAAAAUUUUGUCUUGGAAUGUUAGUGAAGUGUUGUUAAUGUACAUUCAGAUGAUUAUAGUGAGUAGAUUUGACUAAUUUAAAUCACUGUCAGAACUAACAUUUCCAGUUAAAUAUCACCACUUAAACUCUAUGCAAUUAAAAAACAUAGACUGUACAUAUAAAAACAAGUGAUAAAUUAAUUUUAAGCUAUUAUAUGUACAAUAAAAAAGAAACAU